AUGACAAUGGUUUUAAGCAAACAGUUGCGAGUUUACCACAAAUUAGACAACAAUAGUGUUUACAGUGUUUUGUUGGACAACAAGAACUACAAACACGAGUCACUACUACUGGAAGCGGACGCCAUCGCCACUCUCGGUCCCUCCGAAGCUGAUUCUGUGCGUCACUUGUAUUCAACCGUUUUGGACGCUUACGGGUGUCUCGGAGUUCUUCAGCUAUCAGUGGGUGAGUGUGUAUUGGAAUGGAUGGCAAUGGAUGUGUGCAGUGAUGGGCAAUGGGUUGUGAGGGGAGCGGAAGCGCUGCCUAUUUUGCGAUCACAACUGCUGUCACUGUCAGACAUCUGUUGCCAAAAGUGGUGCAAAGCGUGUAUUACAUGUGUAGACGAGUCCGAUCUCCCCAUCCAUAGCCCCUCCACAGGCCCUCUAUUGCCCCCACACUCACAGCCCUCUCAAUGCUCUCAUUCCUCUCCCCUUUUC